UUGGGCAAUUCGAUUAUUAAAUGAUUAAAAUCAAUAGUCUUUGAAAAAUAUAUUGAAAUAUAUAAUUUUUAUUGCAAUGAAAAAAUAUAAAAUAAAUUCGACUCGUCGAAUGAGUCACCGAUCUCUAUUUUGAUUAUAACGUUGCUAAGCAACGAUUAGGAUACCUUUACUAUUUUCUUGAUUACGACUGUAUUGCUUUUACUACAGUACACGAACGCCAACGAAAAAUAGUUCAAGUAUUUUUUUUCUCUCUCUUUUUUCUUUUUUUUUUUUUUUAAAGAUAUUACAAAAAUCAAAAUGGCGAAUAUUCAAGGAAGAAAAAAGAUCGCUGCGAGUUAUCGAGUUAAGGAACCUAUACGUAACUUUAAGAUAAGAGUUAGAGUCGCCCAACAGAAGUCUUUGCUGGCCGACUUGUUCGAUACCGAGAACGAUACAAGAGAUCCGAAUUAUUUGGAAGAAGACGAACGUAUUUUUAGAUGGCAAGAGAAGAUCUUCAGUCCCUUCGAAAUUGAAUUUUACAACGACGAAAAAAAUUGCGUUAAGGAGUCUCAAAGAAAAUAUCAUGAACUCAUCAAGGAAAAAAAUUUGCAAGCCUCGCGUUUGUAUACUUAUACGGAAACAGAUACGUAUUAUCCCGAUGAAAAUCUGCUUACGAAGCCUUACCAAUCAUAUUUGUCAAUUAAAAAUCAAUUUGCAUUGCCAGCAAUACUAAAUCGUAAACCGUUCACACUGAGGUACAAUAAAAAUGUGAUCGAUGAUAGAAUCAAUGAUAAGAGAAUACGUUCCAAUCAUUAUUUUUAUAUGGAACGUAGUACAAUGUAUAUAUUAGUAGAUUUAAGUGGAAAGGAUAAAUCAGAUUUGUUUCAUGCAUCUGACGUUGAUACAGAAACACUUUUAUGUAGAAUUACUUAUGAUAAAAUGCAUAACAUUCUUACUAUGUACCCUGAUUUUACUUCUGAUGAAUCUUAUAUGCUUACCACUGAUACUGGUAUUAGAUAUGAUUAUUGGCUUGAACAUAUUUCUGAAAUUCAAUCUACAUCGGAGUUGGAACAACAACAAGAAGAAUUACGACAAGAAAUGCAAAAACUUUUGCUGUAUAAAGCUGCUGAGAUACCUAAUGAAAUAGAAGUAACAGUGCCAAACAUAUUACAAAUCUUUUUAAACAUAAACAUUGUUUCUGCACACAAUUUUUCUUACAAUGGUUUAUUCAUAACUUAUUAUAUCGUUCUGCCAAAAGAUUGGAGUACGAAGCAAAAAGAACGAUUAAUUGGGAGGACACAGAAAUGUUAUUUAAAAGAUAAAACUGCAUACUUUGAUUAUAUCAUGGAAAUAUUAUUGGAUUUGCAUCUAAAUAUAUUAACUAAAAAUGCACCCAUUACAAAAUGGCCAUCUUUGUUAAUAUCAGUAGCGUCUCUUGAUAGUUGGACCAGAUACCGUAUAGAAGGAUAUGGAGUAGUACCUAUAUCGUUAUCACCAGGUACACAUGAAUUAUCUAUACCCACUUGGAGGCCAGCUGGGAAUAUUGUUGAUUCCCUUCGUCGAUUUUUUACAGGUGGUACUUAUGAAUUGGAAGAUAUUACACAUUGUGGAAUUCCACCGGUAUACGAGAGUACGACGUUAGAUAAAUCAAAUUUAAAAGUUGUAUCAAGUGGUUAUGUUAAAAUAAAUAUGAACAUUGUUCAUCGAUAUAAUGUAAAUACAAUUAAUACAAAUUUUGAAAGUAAAUGUUUUGAGAGAGAGAAUGUUAAUGCACUUAUGAACAAUGUAGAAAAUGUUUUUGAACAAUUCAAAGCAGCUAGAGAACGUAUGUUACAAAUUAGAAAUGCAAAUUUAUGACUUUAUUCUAUAAUCUUAGAAUUGUUCAGUAUUUUGUAUAAAUUUAUAUGUAUAACAUAAAUUGACUAGUAUACAAAAAAAGUUACGAAUUUCUUUCUUCAAUUGCAUAAUCAAAAAUUACAAUUAAUACGAAAUAUU